AUGGUGACAAUUGAUGAUUCCAAAGUACCUAACUUUAUUGUGAUUGGUGCCGGUGGAGUUGGUGUAAUCACAGCCUUAUCUUUGUGUAUUCGUAGCAAGAGCAAUGUGUCGCUGGUCGUAAGGUCAGAUUACGAUCACGUCAGGGAGUUUGGUUACCAAAUCGAGUCGUGCGAUUACGGUAGUUUCACCAAUUGGAGACCAGAUCAUCUUUACAGGAAGGUGGAAGACGCUUCGAAGAGCGGAACGUUCUUUGAUUACGUGGUUGUUACAACCAAAAAUAUACCCGAUGGUCCAGUAAGUUCCCGUGUUCCUGUAAUAAUAAAACCGGUUAUGGAAAGCAACCACUAUUUGAAUGCCAAAAGGCCCACAAAUGUCUGUUUGAUUCAAAAUGGAAUUGAUAUAGAAAAUGACAUAUUGGAGGCGUUUGACAAGAAUCUCUACAAUCUAUCACUUCUAUCUGGGAUUCAAUUAAUCGGAUCAACGAAAACAGGUGAAGGUAUCAUAAGCCAAGUAGGCCAAGAUCAUCUGUCUGUUGGUGCUUUUGACCAUGAUGACUCUCACGCAGUAGCAGCAGCACAUGCUUUUGUCGACAUGUACAAUAAUAGCGGUCACAAUAUUGUUAAUUACGAUCCAAAUGUCAGAUAUUCAAGGUGGAGAAAGUUAUUGUACAAUGCUGCAAUUAACACAACCACAGCACUCGUUGGCUUAGAUGUGCCUCGCUGUUUAGAAUUUGCAAAGGAUAAGAAAAGUACUGAGGAACAGAUUUUCUUACCAGCAAUGAAAGAGAUCAUUGCGUUAGCCAAGAGUGAAAAUAUCGAACUAGAGGAAGAAUAUGCGCAUCAUUUUGUAAACUUUUCGAGAGAUAUCAUGUUCAAGCCUUCAAUGUGUAUCGAUUGUGAGAAGGGUCAACUAAUGGAAUUAGAAGUCAUACUUGGCAACCCAUUAAAAAUAGCUGAACGUAAUGGUGUAUCCACACCUGUCUUAUCGAUUCUUUACAACUUACUGUUCCUCACUCAGAGCAGUUUAAAGGAAAAAAAUGGCCUACUGAAGUUUGAUGAGUCAAAAGCCAGAAUUGUUUAA